AGAACCGGAAGUCGCAUGUAGAUCUCUUUCCUUUUGCGGCCAUCGCUGGAUUGCAGCCGCCAAAAUGAAGUUCAAUCCCUUCGUGACUUCUGACCGAAGCAAGAACCGCAAACGGCAUUUCAAUGCACCAUCUCACAUUCGGAGGAAGAUCAUGUCUUCUCCGCUUUCCAAAGAACUGAGACAGAAGUAUAAUGUUCGGUCUAUGCCCAUUCGAAAGGACGACGAAGUUCAGGUUGUUCGAGGACACUACAAAGGCCAGCAGAUUGGCAAAGUGGUCCAAGUGUACAGGAAGAAAUACGUCAUCUACAUUGAGCGAGUCCAGCGAGAGAAGGCUAACGGCACAACUGUCCAUGUGGGCAUCCACCCCAGCAAGGUGGUUAUCACCAGGCUAAAGCUGGACAAGGACCGCAAGAAGAUCCUGGAGAGGAAAGCCAAGUCCCGGCAAGUAGGAAAGGAGAAGGGCAAAUACAAGGAAGAAACUAUCGAGAAGAUGCAGGAGUAGAAAUGUCAUGCCCAGUUUUCAUUAAAGACUGCUUAAGUAGUCCUG